AUGAAGAUGGCUGAUGAUGAGUUCAAGGCAGAGGAAAUCAAGAAGGCACGCAUGAUGAGGAACAAGCAGAAGCCAUUUACCAGAAUCGCCAUGGAAGCCUCCAGGAUUUGCGCCUCUAGACAAGAGGUCAUGGAGACCGUGAUUCUGGAAAAAACAAUCAUUAAGCUUGGGUCCUUGCUCGCCCUGGGCUUUGGUGAAGCCGGUGCGGACAUCAUCGGCAAGAACAUGAGCGGUUCUGAUUCCGCUGGCGUGAAUGCCAUGGUUCCGGGGCGCAAGUGCGAGUGCAUAGUUGGCAUUCUACGCGUUCGCGAUUUCAGCACUGCGACGGAGGUCCUUCAGGCGAAGGUGAUGAUGUUCUCUAACCAGAUUGCAGAAAUUGUGCACGGAGUUUGCAAUGAGUUCCACGGAGCUCCGAAUAAAAACACUGGCGAUUCUUUCCUCGUCAUCUGGAAGGAGAGCAGCGAUGCAGGAAUCGACGGAACUGAGCUGAUGCAGAAGUAUGCGGAAGGUGCCAUUGUUUCCUCUGCAUGCGUUAUUGGUGCUGUGCACCACUCGCCUCUUCUCGGCAGCUACAGAGAACACCCCGGGCUUCAGUAUCGCUUGGGCUCGAACUGCAGGGUGCACCUUAGCAUUGGCCUUCACAAAGGAUGGGCUAUUGAGGGUGCGGUCGGCAGUGAGUUCAAGAUUGACUGUUCAUACUUAUCGCCAAACGUGAGCAUUGCCACGUCCAUAGAGCGAUCCACCGAAGCCUAUGGGGUGUCGGUCAUGGUAGCGCAGUCUGUCGUUGACCUGUGUGACUAUCCUAUCAGGUCCCAGUGCAGGUUGAUUGACAAGGUCAUUGUUCGAGGCUCUCCAGCUCCGAUGGAGCUCUACUGCGUCGACCUGGAUUAUAUGAGUGUUGAAGUGGACCGGACGUCUCGACCAAAGGUCCCCUGGAACACCCGUCAAAGAUUCAAGGUCCGGCAGCAGAUAGAGCAAGAAAAGAAGGAAGUGCUACAGAAGGACUUGGCCGACAUCUUCGUAACGGAUGAGGUCAUCCUCCAGAUGCGGGAACGCUUCACUGUAGAGUUCUUCCAGCUUUUCAACAUGGGCUACCAAAACUAUUCUCAAGGAGAGUGGCAGGUGGCACGGCGAAUGCUGAUGCACAUCAAGAGCCAAGUAGCGAAAGAAGAUGGCCCCAGCACGGCCUUGCUGAAGUUCAUGGAGGUGCCUUAUGGCUUCGAGGCCCCGAAAGGAUGGCAAGGUAUCCGCGAGCUGGUUUGUUAA